UCUAAAAAAGACGGCACCCGCAACGUGCCCAUGCGAAAGAAAUAGUAGCAGAGCGGACGAGCAAAUGAAAGAGACGCCGACGACGAUGCCCGAUAGUCGUGAACUGCAGCAAGCUCGAGAACGGCUGGGUGUGACGAAAGUUGGUAGUGGUGAUGGUGACGAACCAGAGAUUCUUAGCAGAGAGUGCUACCUGCCGAAACCGGAGGAUGAGCUGCCGAGGGAGAGGGACAACGAGAUGGGACCGUUGGGGCCGUGGGCGACGGGACGUGUAGAUUGGGGUCCUCUGAAGGGUCUGACGGGCACGAGACCCGUCGUCGACAAGUACUCGGUGGCACGUUUCAGCGAAGGCGAAUGGCGUUCGCACAACAAGCAGGUGCUCGACAGCGUCGUCGGCUUUCAGCAUCAGGCCAAUCUGCUCGAGUACAACUCGAAGGAGGGCAUCGAGCAGACGAGAGCGGCGACCGACAGGAAUCAGGCGGACAGUACGAGACGUCUGAAGCAGAGGGAACAGGAGCUGCACAGGUGGAAGUGCGAGCUGGAGCGUGCGAUAAGCGCCUCCGCCGAGGAGAUAGCGAUGAUGCAGGAGCAGCGACGACGGCUGAAGCAGUCGAUGGCCGUGCUGCAGUUGCCCGAAUCGAUUGCAGGAGAGUGUCUGGACAGGAGGACCGGUCGAUUGGAUCCGGAGCUGGUGAGGGAUGAGGUCGAGGAGGAGCUGAUCAAGGAGAUGGCGUUGACGGCCGAGAUAAGGGAACAGUUCACUCGCACCCUGAUGGACGUGGAGCAUCAGCUGCUCGAGGAUAAGACUGCGAAAAAUCGUCUCGAGUACGACUGGAGCGACAAGAAGCAGGCCAACGAAAUCGAGUGCGUCAACGUUGCCCUCAAUAACAGUUCGAACACGCUGCUGUUCAGACCCGGCGCCGUCGGCUUUCCCGACAACCAGUCGACUCAGGACCACUGGGAGACGUUCACUCGUGAGACGCUCGAGGAGUCUGAGAUAACGCGACAGAGAUCUGUUGCGUUGCGCGGCACACUGGACGCGAUCCUCUCCGAUGCGGCAAAGAAUCUGCGCGCUCAGGCCGAUCGGCUGGACAUGGCACUUGCGAAGAGGAUCUCUUGUACAGAGGAGAUACGCACUCGACUCGAGAACGAGCUUCGCGGAAUGCUCAAGAGAUUGGCCGACAUCGAGAGCACCAUCUGCAAUCUGAAAGAUAUGAUACGUCGCAUGGACAUAUCGAUGAAGAAGGCCCAGACUCGACUGGACAACAGGCAGCUUCAUCGGCCUCGGGUAGAGAACUGCAGGGAUGUGGCGCAGUACGGUCUCGUCGACGAGGUGAAAAGCAUCAUGGACAGCGUGUCCGCACUCUCAUCCCAGCUUCAGCAGGCCGAGGAGAUUCAGAGCAAUCUGAUGAUGUCGCGCAGCAACAUCGAGCGCGAGAUCAUGGUGAAGAGGAAAACGUUGGAGAUCGAUCGAGACCGUUCGAAGAAGAUCCGCUCGUUCUAUCCCUCCGCAACGGCACUCUCCGGUUACUGAACAAAACAACAAAUGCUCACCCGUCGACGGCAAAGUUUUAUCCGCUUUCUCUCUUUUA